AUGGCUCCAGGGGAGAAGGAAAGGGUGGGAGGGGCAGCCAGGGCUGCCCUCCAGAAGGUACGCACAGCCACGCUGGUCAUCAACUUGGCCCGAGGCUGGCAGCAGUGGGCAAAUGAGAACAGCACCAAGCAGGCCCAGGAGCCUGCAGGCUGGCUGCCUGGAGGGACCCAGGACCCUAAACCAGAGGUACAUCCUACCCCUCUCCAAAAAGAUCAGAGGGCCCUGAAGUCUGCAUCCCAACAGCCCGAGGGACAAGGAGAUGGACAGAGUUCCGGGGGCGCCUCUGAGGUCUCCCAGAUCAAAAGGAAAGAAGUGAGCAAAACCGUGGUGAGCAAGGCUUAUGAGAGAGGAGGAGAUGUGAGCCACCUCAGCCACAGGUACGAGAAGGACAGCGAGGUGUCUGCACCCACGCAGGCGGAGGAUGACAUCGACAGAAUCCUCCACAGCCACGGCUCCCCGACGAGGAGGAGGAAGUGCGGCAAGCUGGUGUCUGAGCUGACCAAGGGCUGGAAGGAGAUGGAGCAGGAAGACACCAAGAGGCGGAGCGACAGCCUAGACACGGAGGACAGUGGCUAUGGAGGGGAGAGCGAGGAGCGGCCUGAGCCGGAAGGCGAGCAGGUGGCUGGAGCCAGGAUCAAACGCCCCUUGCCCUCUCAAGCAAACAGAUUUACAGAGAAACUCAACUGCACAGCCCAACGGAAAUACAGCCAAGUGGGCAAUUUGAAAGGAAGAUGGCAACAGUGGGCCGAUGAACAUGUACAAUCCCAGAAGCUCAAUCCUUUCAGUGAAGAAUUCGAUUACGAGCUGGCCAUGUCCACCCGCCUCCACAAAGGAGAUGAGGGCUAUGGGCAACCCAAGGAGGGAACGAAAACCGCCGAGAGGGCCAAGCGUGCCCAGGAGCACAUCCACAGAGAAAUCAUGGACAUGUGCUUCAUCAUCCGCACCAUGGCCCGCCACAGACGGGACGGCAAGAUCCAGGUGACUUUUGGAGACCUCUUUGACAGAUAUGUCCGAAUUUCAGACAAAGUCGUGGGCAUUCUCAUGCGGGCCAGGAAGCACGGCCUGGUGGACUUCGAAGGAGAAAUGCUAUGGCAAGGUCGAGACGAUCACGUGGUGAUUACUCUACUGCAAUGA